AAGCAGCGGAACGGCAAAGUAAAUCCAUUUUUACGCGAGCGAAGUACAUAAAUAAAUUAAUUAGCAUGUCGAAGGCAUUUUAAAAUUAAAUGUAUAUAGUGAAAACUAAAAAUUGGCUAAUUUAUUGAUUUAUCGCAGUGCAAACAUUAGUUUUAGUGAAGUAGAAGCGAAAACUUUGUUAUGGAAAACAACACAACACCCACAACUCUCUAUGCAGCAAAGCAGUGGUAGUGUAAUUGUGGAAGUCUCUCUUUCUGACGCAAAACUUCAUAGCUUAUCGAUGACGUUUUAAAACAAACAAAAUAGAGUAUAAAAUAGUGCUAAAAAUAGCAACAAAUGAAAAAAGAAAAUUUCGCCAAAAUCGUUAUAAUUCUAGUUAGAGUUGAGUAUUAAUCGCAUUAAGGAAGUAAAACUCAAGAUGAACACAGAUCCGGCCAUGACGUCGAAGUCAACGACACUAUCGUCAUUGAAUAGUAUCCCCACCAUAUCGGCUGCCGUAUCCAGUACAGCCUUAAUUGGCGGAAGUGGAGCCACGGAAAGUGAUGUGAGAGAUGGCGAAGCAACACUGAAUACAAUUGAAGUGGUUCAAAGAAAAUUCAAGGAUAAUGAAAAAGUCUUAUCGAUUUUCGAAGCCUAUCAAAUAAUUGGGCAAGAGCAUCGUAGUCGCUUGUUGGCUUUAGUUGUAUGUGUGGCUGGGGGUACAUACGCAGUUUUUUCAUUGGCCACCGCUCGUCUACCGCCCCGCAACGUCAACGACUUAACCAUAGAUAAGAUUUUUGCCCUAAAUGAAACUUUUCAAAUGGGUAGUGAUAAAAAGGGGUCAAUAUCGCAAUUGCAAUUCGAUCUAAAAACAGCUGAUGAGUCGGCCGUGAAAUAUUUUUAUUAUCCGAUCAUAUCUGCUGAGGGCGCAUCAGAUUUCGAAACAUUUCAUGCACAAAUCAUAUCGGCUAAAUUUUCAAUGACGCAUUCCAGCGCGACCACGGAUUCGAUAUUGAGUUAUAGUUGGCUUAACGAUUAUCGUCAAAUCGGUGAGGUGAAACAAGAGUUAAAACGACGCGAAAAUGAAUAUAUUGUUUUCAAAGAUUUUAUCAUUUAUUGUGGAACGUGGAAUGUAAAUAAUAAACCGUAUAGCGAUUGUCCGUUGGAUUUGUGGUUAUCAAAUGGUGAUCAACCUGCCGACAUAUAUGCCAUAGGUUUACAAGAGCUGGAUACAUCAGCGAAAGCCAUAACAUUCAGUGAGAAUCGCCCUGAUCCAUUAUGGAUAAGUAAAAUGCUUUCGAGUCUACACAAAGGCGCUGAAUAUGAGGAGUUGACUAGUGUACGUCUGGUCGGCAUGCAAUUAACCAUUAUUAUACGCAAGCAAUUGCGACCAUAUAUAGCACGUUGUCGUGUCAAAACAGUUGCACGUGGCGUAUUCAAUACCCUGGGUAACAAAGGUGGCGUAGCGGUGAGCAUACAACUGAAUGAGGGUAAUCUCUGUUUUGUAAACUCUCAUCUAGCGGCGCAUAUGGGCUUUGUAGAAGCGCGUAAUGAGGAUUAUGCGGGAAUUGUGCGCGGUAUAGUUUUUGACGACGAUCUAAAGCGUACCAUUAAUGAUCAUGAUCAUAUAUUUUGGAUUGGUGACUUAAAUUAUCGUAUUGAAGAGCCACCUGGCUUGCAACUGCCAUGUAAUCGCGCCUCACCAAACGCUUACGAUGUACUUAUGAAGUAUGAUCAGUUACGUAUAGAGAUGGGAAAAGGUAACUGUUUUGAUGGUUACUCAGAAGGUCCUAUCAAAUUUCGACCCUCAUACAAAUACGACAUUGGCACAGAUAAUUUUGAUAGCAGUGAGAAACAACGCGCUCCCGCCUACUGUGAUCGUGUACUAUGGAAAGGUGUGCGUAUAGAGCAUCUGGCUUAUAAUUGCAUAAUGGAAAUACGAAAGAGUGACCAUAAGCCCGUUUAUGCCAUAUUUAGAGUAAAAAUAAAAACAAAGGAUGAAAAGCGCUAUAAACGUGUACACGAAGAGGUACUCAAAUUGGUCGAUAAACGUGAAAAUGAAAAUCAGCCACAAAUUAAUGUUGAUAAAACUGUUAUUGAUUUUGGUGUGGUACGUUUCAAUGAGUUGGCAGUGCGGGAUUUCACUGUCUCAAAUACAUGCGCCAUGCCAGUAGAAUUUAUGUUCAAAGUCAAAGAUCCACCUUUGAAUGAUAUAUGCGAGAAGUGGUUGCAAGUCGAGCCGCGCGCUGAAAUGUUAAUGACCGAAAGUACCAAAAGUAUACGCGUCAAAUUGCUAGCUGAUGUGCGUUCCAUCACGGGUUUGUUACGCAAAAUACGCACCACCAAUUGGAAAUUCGAUUUCGACAUUUUGAUUCUGCAUGUGAAAAAUGGACCGGAUAUAUUCCUUACAGUCACUGGUGAAUACAAGCCGAGCUGUUUUGGACUUUCGAUGGAAACACUCUGUCGCACCAAUCGACCAGUUGGUGAAUAUACACAAACACAGAUCAAAGAAUUGAUGAACGAUGAUUCACCCGAAUUUCGUGUAACUAUGCCGCGGGAAUUUUUCUUCUUAAUCGACUUUUUACACAAACAGGGCGACAAAGUGGAAGGCGCUUUCACAAAUCUGGAGUAUAAAUUUUCACGCACCCCUCAAUUUAAUGUUGUACGUGACUGGUUGGAUACGUGGUCGCCUGAGGAGUUUCCUGGCACGCCACAAGCCGCCGCAGAGGCUUUACUUAUGCUAUUAGAUUUACCAGAUAAGCCUUUGUUGGAUCCUUUUGUAGAAGAUUUGCUACAAACAAAUACCGCCGCUGAAGCGAUGGAAUUAAUUUCGUUAUUAAGUUCACCGCGUCGUAAUGUAUUCGUGCAUUUGUGUAUGUUUCUGCGUCAGGGCAUAGAACGGGAGUAUUAUAAUCUACAGCAAGUUGCUAACAUUUUCGGACGUGUAUUGUUGCGCAGCACCACACAGCCUGGUCGCGAUUUUUAUCGAGAGACGCGUUGUCGCGAUUUCAUGCAUCGUUUCAUAUCCAGUGAUAUGGGUGGCACACUGUCCACUGGUGUUGCGGUUGCCGCCGAUGAAAGUGGCUUGAAUGAUGGCAGAGGUGGCGCCAGUGGUGGUGGUGGUGGUGGCGAUGGUGUUGCCAUAAACAGUGCUCGUAUCAAUGCUUUAGAUUAGACAAAAUUUUAUGCCCCACACUUGUUGUUGUAUUGUAUUUAGUUGUACGCUUAUGUAGUUGCUCAAGAGCGCGCUUAAUCUUGUGUAAUAUGUUUUAAUGUUGGGCUAUUUGUUGUCUUGUGUUUUUUUUUUUUUUUUGUGUUAAAAGUAUUGUUUUUUUAUCGCAAUAGCACAGCAUGUCGUGCAGCACACGCAUGAUACUCAGUUAUAUGUACAUUAGCAUUUCUCAUAACGAAUUUUUUAAUCUCUUCUUUGCUUCCAAUUUUUGUGCAUUAAUGACUUAAUAUAUACAUUUACAUAUACAUAUAUACAGCAGCAUAUGCGUUUAAUGUUGUUGUAAAAUAUACUUAAUAUUUUGCCUUAUUUAAAUAGUCAAUCAAAUUAUAACUAUAUUUAAAAAAAAAGCUUCAAAUAACAGCGCUAUUGUAUUGUAGCUGUCUCAUAAGAAUUUGUAGAAUGCGUAACGAAAUGCAUUUAAAAAUAAGUUACACGGCUAAAUUAUUAAAAAAGAAAAUGCAAUCUAUGUCUAAUACAUACUGACGCUUAAGUUUAUAUAAUACCUAAAAGCCCAUAUACUGUAUCUUGCUGGCAUUUAGGUAACGUCGAAAAAAUAAAUAAAACUAGAGUUAAAUAUGAAUAUCUAUGCGCCCGAAAUACAUAUUGUACAUCUUUAUCCUUGUCACUUAGACCGCAAGCCUAUAUAUUUUAUAUUUAUUAAGGAAAAUAUCGAAAUAAAUAAUAAUGCAUUUUAAUGCAUACACUGCAUGAUUGAAUAAAUGCAUACCAAUGAAAAUGUAUUGAUGAAAAAAGAAUCGAAAUAUAUUUAAAGCACUACAUUAAAAAAAUAAUAAUUAUAGUUUAUACUUUAGUUUUAAGAUAAUAUAUGAGUGCAUACAUAUAUAGCUAAUUAUCGGUUUGUUAAUAUUUGUCUUAAUGUUGUUUAAUAAGUGAAAUUAUUACAAAGUGCAAAAUAUCAAAAUAAAUGUCUGUAUAUUAAUGGAA